UUGCGAACAUUAGUACGCGCACGCAGCCACAUCCUCAGCGUAUUCCUCGACGUCGACCUCCUCGGUAUCCUCGACUUUUCUUCUUCUCUCUAGUCACCGACCUCGCACUCAGGUAGAACGUAGCACCCCCGGAUACUGCUACGGAGCCUCUUGUACUCCAUCUGGUCAUUCCCAGCAUCACAGCAUCGAUCAAGUUCCUCAGCGAACAAUCCACUUUCCCCUUCCUAUCCAGUGGGCCUUUCUGCUUUCUGGGAUAGUCUGCUAGCAAAUGGUGCCACAGCCAGCCUCAGCAAGUUCAAAAUCACCGCCCCUUUCCUAUGCCGAUCGAGCGAAGCAAGCGCGAAAAGGGCUUGCUUCAAAUCCGCCAUCUUCGCAGCGUGUGCCAUCUCAGAAGGCCUCGGUAGCUUCACCUUCAAGUGUGAGCCAAAAUGGUUCCGGUAUAACCCCCCCAACUCUCCGGCCUGUCACUAGCCACGAUACCUCCCCAAACGAUCAACCUGCUCCAACUGACCUCUCCGCCUCAAAAUCGCAAUCCAAAACCGAGGCCAACCAGGACGUUGAGCAUGACGUAAAAAUAGAGCCUACUGACUCGUCUGCCCCGGCUCCGCAAUCUGAUAUUCAAAAGUCUUCAGCCGGUCGUCCGGCGAACGUGUGGAGCAUUCGCCAGGAGCAAUGGGCUCAGGCUCGUGCGCUUGCUCAACCACAAUCAGCACCUGCACCAUCAGAUGUUCCUCGACUAUCUUCAGAAUCUCAGAGGCAAACAGUUCCCUCCUUGUCUUCUUCUGAAGAGGCUCAGCAAAGUGAUUCCUCGACAGGAAAGCAAUUGAACGGCCACAAAGCACUCUUGCCACCUGCCGAGCAAGUUAAAACCCCGCAGCGUUCACCAGCACCACAUUCCAAAGACUUGGAGGAUUGGCCUACUGUAGGCAUGUCGAUAGUCACGCCACCUUUAGGACAGCGACAUUCCAGCAAUGGGGGCACUGGGGUGGUAGGCGGUUUGGACAUAAGCAAAUCAGAGGAUUUAAGAGAGUUAUUGACUACAGCACCAAAGAAAGGUGAUAAACAAAAAUGGAUUACUAUUCCGCCGGAGGAACUGCAGGCCGUAGCAGAUGCACAACGUCAGCAGAAUCGCACACAACUCCAUGCACGAUCUCGUUCGCAGUUCCAGAAUCAGCAAUCCGGAGGGCAUGGGUCUUCUUCGGGCUCUGCCUCUGGUUCAGCAUCAAUAUCUGGACCCAACUCUCAACGACAAAGUCGCACACAUUCAACUACAAGAGUGCAACAAUCUGUGUCACACUCAAGCUCAGUCGCCCAUUCUCAGCCUCAUAGCAGAACUGGCAGUGUGAAUUCAAGUCCUCGACAGCCUUCUGUCCGAGGAGGGAGGCGGUUGCCUGAUGACAGAGCUGGGGGUUCGGCGAACAGAAGCGCUCGCUCUUCCAGAGCAACCUCACCUCAACGACAGAUGCGCUCUCAACCUAACCCCUCGGCAUUGCCUCCUUCUCAGGCUGCAAUACCCUUACCAGCAUCCAUUGAAGCUGAAGCGAAUCAGCCAGAACCCUUCAGUCCUCCUCAAGGUCCUGCGUACCCGGAACCUGUUCCCGGAUUCCCCUACUAUCCUCCUCUACCUUCCAGUACAGGAGCGACUCGUACACACUCUUACCAAUCUACCCGUGCCACAAACUCUCCAACUUCUCAUCCGUAUGGUCUUCCGAACGCGUAUCCCUCCUCUCCUCCUACCUAUCCACCGCCGUUCCCUGGUCCCGCACCUUACGCCUUGUAUCAACCAUAUCCCUACGCUUACGGCCCGCCAUAUGUACCUUGGGGUGCCGGUCCCGAGGCCCCUCAUCAUUUGUAUGCUCCUGGCUCUGUGCAAGCACCCAUUCCAGUUUUGUACCCCCAACCUGCAGUUGAUCCAACCAGUCCUGAAGCAUCUGCGGGAGUUCCACCUGCUACCAUGGUCUCACGACCGCCACCGCCCGGUGAAUCCGAUGCUGUAGCAGGGUAUCGUGAUGUGGGGUUUGUGUUACCUCCGCCUGCAUCGUACCUGGGACAGUCGCAGACAAGCCAGGAGGAGCAAAAGGAGGAACGAGCGAAACAGAUCAGUUUUGGCAGCAUUGGAUUGGCUAACUCCCAAAGUCCGCCAUUAAGUCAAUCCUCGCCUCCGGCUCCCAAUACUGCUGCAAACUCGGGCAAUUUAGGCGGCCUAGGCUUGGAUGUGAACAGCAAGAGAGACGACUCGUCUGUUAGCAACCCUGAAGAGAAUGAGCUCGGCAUCGAGAAGCCAUUCACUGCAUUCACGAUUGGUGUGACUCCAGAAAACGCUGGACCUUCUCGUUCGCGAUCUAGGACAACACCCCAGACCAAGUCGUCUGCACCGAGCCGAGAUCGUAUGGAAACCGCACCUGCUGUACUUUCAUCUGCGUCGAUCGCCUCUGCCUCUGGAUCGGCAUCGAUUCUCGCCGAAUCUACUGGCCUGAUGAGUGCUGAAGAUCAGAAAGUCAUUGACUUGACUGAAUCUCAUACCAGAUUUGAGUUUGGUACGGCAAGUGCUUUGCAGGAUGUUCCUACUCAGUCGUCAACACUUGAGGCAUCGGAUACCCAACAAGGGAGUGUGACGAAUGUAGUACCUUCCUCUGCGACGUCAUUGAAUGGCGGUUCUCCCCCAAAUGUACCUUCGCCUGUUGACAACGUUAGCCCUCAACAUCUUCAGGAACAGUCCUACCGACAACCGAUUCCUAUCUCACCUCGUGUAGACUUACCCCCGUUAGCGCCGUUAGGUGUGCCCAUGGUAGUUUCACCUACAUCCUCUACCUCUGCUUAUCCUCCAAACGCUAUCCCGCCAAUGACCUCACCGCCGCAGUCUAGUGACGAGUUCCAAGUCAGGAACUAUGGGUAUGGCUUUGGUAGAGGUGGUAUGGUGCCAGGAGUACCGCCACCGGGACCGCCCGUUCUGUCAGAAGAACAAAGAGAUAUGCCCCCGCGUGACUAUCAACCCUCCCAUGGUGGUAGACCGAGACGUGGUUCAUACGGUGGUGGAUACGGUUAUGAGCGUGGUGGUCACUCCAUGCGACGGGGACGUGGUGGAUAUGGUGGCGGCCGAGGUGGCAGGAAUUUUCCUCGUGGGGCUGGAGGAGGUAGCUUCCAACAACAUCAGCAGAAUCAACAGGGGAAGCCACCCUUCACGGUCGUACCGCCUCCGCAUCUUCCACCGAUGUCCGAUUCAGCUGGUUACUAUCCAUCAUCCGUACCUCAACCGCAAAUUUCAGGGACGACGUACUUUCAUCCUGCGGCGUACGAUCCGUAUUUCGGUUCGUACCCACAGCCGCCUCCACAGCUCAUGAUACCACCUCCUUCGCAAACUGUUGGUCCUCCGUUUCCUUCUCCCUUGACCAGAACAUCGUUCCCCCUUGACCCUUUGCGGCAUCAGCUUCUUGGCCAGUUAGAGUACUAUCUGAGCACUCAAAACCUAUUGAAGGAUUUCUUUCUUCGACAACGCAUGGACUCUCGUGGGUGGAUAUCCAUAUCCUUGAUUGCUUCAUUCAACCGCGUGAAGCAAUUGACUGCUGAUGUUCAGCUUGUGAGGGAUGUCCUCAGUCUGUCAAGUUUGGUGGAAGUGCGGGAUAAUAACGUUCGAAUCCACGAAUGGCGACGAUACAUACUGCCCACGGCUCCUCAGAGCGUAGUGGAAGAAGCUCCCAUACCGCCAGAGCAUGAAAACAUACCUGCUGAUCCCGCUGGUUUCAAUGACCCACCCGCGGACGAAGCAUCGUCACGUCAUGACGAGGAGGCGGAAGAUGACGAAGACGUGGAGACCGAGGAGGACGAUGUCGAGUUCGUGCUGGGCGGGGAUGCAAACCGUUCAUGGACAGCGGAACGUGCGUCUGGAUGAUACCAGCGUGUCCACUCGGCACCACAUCAAUUGUACAUGCCUUGCUUUAUCGUUGGCGAUUCUGCAUAGUGGGAUGGACGCUCUAUGGGUACCCCAAAUACAAGAGCCAUCAAUGACUAGACAUUCAGUCAUGGUGGCCAUCCGUCACCAACUCUGAGAAACGUAUAAAUUUCUUGCCACAAGUCAUCCUUAACUUCUAACACUAUAGUUAUUGUCUUUCUCUUUCUAUUUUUCGGGUAUUCUUGUUCAAGGCUUCAAUUUGGCGUCGUCGUAUGUUGCUAGGCAAAGCCUCAAGUUAUAGGCUUCUUCAAGUUCUUCUGUCCAAUGUCUUGCAUGUUUUCGUCCUUUAAUUACGGUUCCAUAUCCAUAACUUACACUCCUCUCGUCGCUAAAUAUUCAGCCUGUUUUCGUCUUCGUUAGCCACAAGUGUUAUAGUGCAUAGUCACCUGCUCCAGUUUCUGUCCUUACAGUUGCCAUGCCCUCUUUUUUGAAAGUCAAACUGCAUUGCUUGGCAGCCCAUCGGGUCAUCGAGAUUCAAGAUUACCCAGAGCCCUAUAUAUGUGACCGGUGCACGCCUUCGAUAGCGUGGUUCCGGGCAUAGCUAGCAACCCGCGUGGCUGUUUCAGAU